UCGGUUGUAGCCUGUUGCGUAGUUUUGUGGUGCCUCCAGCCAACGCUCAGCAUAUGUAGUUGUGGGAUUUGUUGUGCCAAGUUUGUGCUUUGUAUUUUCUGUGGCGGUGUUGUCGUGUAUGUCAAUGGUGGUGUCGUGAUAUUUGUACAUAGUCUCUCGUGUUUUGAACUUUUGACCGUAAUCCGAAGCGGUAACACCGUGAUAUGGCCCCUUCCCUUCGCAGCUCAGCGAAGGUUCCCAGACGAGCGGCACGACUUGCGACUGCCAGGAUAGAGCAGUCAAGCCUCAAGUAUAAGUUGCUAAUCAGACAAUCGCAGUGGCCGAGCAGCGGAGAUCUUUCCAGCCAGAGAGGCGUCCAGCCUUCAAACCUGCAACAUGCCACGCAGAAGGUACCGAGACCUACUGGUGAUUCCUCCACUCAGAAGGUUCCCAAAGCCGUUGGCAGUCAUCUCGAAAACUCCGACGAUGAUGUUGAUGUCCCUGCCCAAAGCAGCAAGAAGCCAAAGUCACAAGAAUCACCUGAUAGGGUGCUGCAGCAACCUGUGCUGAAGUCAGACACCGAAUAUUCUGAUGAUGUUGACGACCUGGUCCAAAGCAGGAACGCUAAGUUACAAAAAUUGCGUGAUACAGUGCCAAAGAAACCCAUGUCCAAGUCAGACGCUGAAGAAUCUGAUGAUGUUGAUGACCUGGCCCAAAGCAAGAAGCCAGGGUCACAGGAAUCACAGAAGGUGCCACGUAAAACCGUGCUCAAGUCAGACACUGAUGACGUUGCUCACCCAACCCACAGCAAGAAGGCAAAGUUACAAAAAUCAUGUGAUAGGGGACCACAGAAAACCGUGCUCAAGUCAGACACCGAAUACUCUGAUGACGUUGACGACCCAACCCACUGCAAGAAGGUAAAGUUACAAAAAUCAAGUGAUAGGGGGCCACGGAAAACCGUGCUCAAGUCAGACACCGAAAACUCUGAUGACGUUGACGACCCAACCCACUGCAAGAAGGCAAAGUUACAAAAAUCAAGUGAUAGGGGGCCACGGAAAACCGUGCUCAAGUCAGACACCGAAGACUCUGACGACAUUGAUGACCCAACCCACAGCAAGAAGGCAAAGUUACAAAAGUCAUGUGAUAGGGGGCCACGGAAAACCGUGCUCAAGUCAGACACAGAAGACUCUGAUGACGUGGACGACCCAACCCACAGCGAGGAGGUAAAAUCAAAGAAAUUGCCUGAUCAGGUGCCACGAAAACCUACACUCAGGUCGAUUAACAGAGCCAAUCGCGGCAUGCAAUUAAGACAGCCUGGGAAGGUAGACCUUAAGAGAUCCAGCAGGCUUGCUGGGAAGCUGAAAGAGCCACAGAACACUUGCCUGCAAUGCAAACACAGCCUAGGGGAAACGGCACAAACUAGCAAAGGUCAUAGGGCAACGUUCAAGCCGAUCAGCAGCAGUUCAGGCAUCAUCCAGCAGAGAUCCAGCAGGCUUGCUGGGAAACUGAAAGAGCCACAGAACACUUGCCUGCAAAGCAAAGACAGCCUAGGAGAAACGGCACAAACUAGCAAAGUUCAUAAGGCAACGUUCAAGCCGAUCAGCAGUUCAGGCAUCACCCCACAAGCACACGAACAAGUUCCUGCUGGCAUCUGGCACAGUACAACAAUGACCAUUGGGCUGCCGCUUUUUAGGAAACCGGAUGGCAAGACGAGGAACCGCCAAUACAAGUGCUCCGUGAAAGGAUGCCCGCACACCUCCAAUGAUCAUAUCGGCUUCUGGCUCUUCUCUCUCCCCGAUGAAGAAGAUGAGGCAUCACUGCAUUCUGCAUGGCUGCAAAGCGUGCCUAUUGACUUGGAUAUCAACAGGCCACUCAGCCCACGUGUGUGCUUUAAGCACUUUGACGUAAAAAAGGACUUUGUGUCGGUGUGCAAACGUAUGGUUGGACUCAAGCCAACCGCUGUCCCCUCCAAAGUACCACGAAAGGGCCACCAGAGUCAGUCCAUGACAGCUGCUGAAGCAACACAGAAAUUAGAGUUCACAAUUGACACUGACGUGGGACGUGGAUCACAGACCACUACAGCCACUGACAGGGGAAAUGAGCUUGAGUCGACUACUGUGGUUGCAAUGAACCACGAAUCUCGACCUACGACUGGUGCAGGAAAGGGACAGGAAUCUGAGCCCGUGUCUAUUGUUGGCACAGCGCAGGAGUCGCAGACCAUGACUGCUGCUAGCAUGGACUCAGAAUCACAGUGUACAAGUGCUAUCACUUCUCCCCCAGAAUUAGCAUCAGACAGUAACUCAAAGUCUGCAGCUGAAUCGUGGCCCACUCUCCAAGCUUCUCCAGCGCAGUUGACAGGGGAGAAUUCAGGGGCAGGACAGCUGAAGAAGGAUGAUGUUUGUGCUAGUCCAGUAUCAGGAAGUACAGAGAGUACAGAAGCAGCCAAGCACUGUCCCACAGUCAUCACAGAGUCCCUUCUUCAGACAGAAGAUACAAACACUGGAGCCUGCGAACCUCUGGCCUCUGGCAGUGAUUCGAAGAAAUGUGGAAGUACAGAGAGUACAGAAGCAGCCAAGCACUGUCCCACAGUCGUCACAGAGUCCCUUCUUCAGACAGAAGAUACAAACACUGGAACCUGCGAACCUCUGGCCUCUGACAGUGAUUCGAAGAAAUGUGGAAGUACAGAGAGUACAGAAGCAGCCAAGCACUGUCCCACAGUCGUCACAGAGUCCCUUCUUCAGACAGAAGAUACAAACACUGGAACCUGCGAACCUCUGGCCUCUGACAGUGAUUUGAAGAAAUGUGGAAGUACAGAGAGUACAGAAGCAGCCAAGCACUGUCCCACAGUCGUCACAGAGUCCCUUCUUCAGACAGAAGAUACAAACACUGGAACCUGCGAACCUCUGGCCUCUGACAGUGAUUCGAAGAAAUGUGGAAGUACAGAGAGUACAGAAGCAGCCAAGCACUGUCCCACAGUCGUCACAGAGUCCCUUCUUCAGACAGAAGGUACAAACACUGGAACCUGCGAACCUCUGGCCUCUGACAGUGAUUCGGAGAAAUGUGGAAGUACAGAGAGUACAAAAGCAGCCAAGCACUGUCCCACAGUCGUCACAGAGUCCCUUCUUCAGACAGAAGAUACAAACACUGGAACCUGCGAACCUCUGGCCUCUGACAGUGAUUCGGAGAAAUGUGGAAGUACAGAGAGUACAAAAGCAGCCAAGCACUGUCCCACAAUCGUCACAGAGUCCCUUCUUCAGACAGAAGGUCCAAACACUGGAACCUGCGAACCUCUGGUCUCUGACAGUGAUUCGGAGAAAUGUGCCCUUGAAUCUGUUCCCAUGCAGGCCACCAAUGGGUCAAAGCCGGAGGAACAGAAGCGAGAUGGUGCCUGUUCUUUGGCCAGUCACGGUCCCGUUGAUGAUGCAGGCAGCACUACUGCUAGCCAUUGUGCAAGCCCAGAAGGCAACCGCGACUCUGAUGUCGAUUCGAAUGUGUGUGGGCUGCCGAAGUGUGUUCCUAAGAAAAUGUGCGAUGCUUUGACUCAACCUGUUUUAGUUACUGACAAUGAGACACAAGAUGCCAUGCUCAGCAAAUUACAAAUUGACUUAGAGGCACCGCCACAAGUAUCAAAAGAUGCUGUAGCAUCCUCUGUAUCUGUGCAGAUGUGUUCUACAAAUAAGCGUGCUGAUGCCAGCAAUGACAGAAUGGACAAAGAGGGAAUGAAAAUCACCACUGAAAGACACAAUCUUGAUCCUCAACAUGUUAAAAGCGAUCAUAAAAGCGAUGCUUCCAUCACUGCUAUCCGCACAGCUGCCAAGGUCCACCCCACAUUAGAUGCACCAACAAAGCCACUGCUUCGAAAAGAAGUCACAGUGUCUAAUGUAGCUAUGCUGAGCCGUGGUCCCAGCAACCUUGUUCAUUCCAUCAACAGUGAGAUGAAGAGAAAUGAACAGGACGGAAUUUGUAAAAGCAGACUGCCGAAUUUUUUUUCGCAGAGCUAUGGUUCUGAUCGAAGGGAUGACAGGCAUGUCUCGAGCCAUGCCUUCAAUUUGCCUGUUGUGAAAGCCGCAGUAGAUGCAAAAAGCUGGCCAAAUGUUUCCGAGGAACCCAGUGCAUCUUGCUCAGCCAUCGUGAGGCACCGUCCCGACUUCCCUGGCGGCAGCAGUACUGAUGAAGCAGAGAAGAGUAAACCGACAAAUCCUGCCACUGCAAGUCAUCUGUUUGAUCCUUCCCAAGGGAGGUACGUUCUCAAGAAAGAAGUCUUGCAAGAUGGUGAUGAACUUGGCAUGAGCGCUGUUCUGUGCACGGUCGUCUGGGUUCCCAAAGGAGGCGCCAACUGAUAGGAUAGGAUAGAAAUAAAGUUUAUAUGUCCAACGGUUAUGGCUGUUGGUGCCCGGGGCUAGGCUGCCAGGGGUCCAUCGCCGGAGAAAAAUCUUCCGAGAUCCUCGGCAAUAGCCCUGGCCCGCUGGACGGCCCACUCCUGGUGCUCGGGUGCCUCGCUGAGGAGGGCGGCUUGCCAUCUCUCAGUGAGGCGCCCGCCUUCAGAAGGUCCUGCUGUUGUCUUCUGCCUUCCUCUUGGUGCUUCUUGCUCAUGGCGUUGACAUUCUCAAAGCGUAUGGGCCAUAUGAGCCCGUUCGUGCUCACACCAGGGGCAGCCGGGCGAUGGGUGCCGCGCGGGCCACAGGCGGUGCAGGUGGUAGGAUAGUAUCGUUGUAAAUGUGCCAACGAAUUCUAGCAUCAAGUGCCUUAAGCAUACACUCUGUUUCAAGCGCAAGUAAAAAGGAAGAAACGGCUAUGUAGAAACAGUAAUAGAACAGUUCGUAGCACAUGUAGGUCUCUGUGACCAACGAAGCCAAAGCCAGAAGUGUUGACGUGUUGCAAGUCCCUUUUGUCGUUUGUGGACAUUGUUAAAUAUGCCUCGAGUGCUUGUGUGUGACUGCUGCAAUAUUUAUUGUUAUUAAUGUGUGCGUGUGUGUUCUGUCUUUGGACACAAACAUCACCAGCCUUCCAAACCUUGUGAUUGUGCCUACAUACAGAGGCAUUUUGUAAACUCUGCAUAGGAAUCUGUUGUUCUUUUCAAACAAGCAUUUCUUCUUGUUUCUGGGGUUUUACGUGUCAAAACCAGUUCUUAUUAUGAGGCACGCCGUAGUGGAAGGCUCUGGAUUAAUUUUGACCACCUGGGGUUCUUUAACGUGCACUACAACGCAAGCACACGGGCGUUUUUGCAUUUCGCCUUCAUCGAAAUGUGGCUGCCGGGAUAACAAGCAUUUGUUGCAUUAUGUGCGUAUGCAGAAUUGCCAUGGUGGUCCUCCCACUGCUGCAGUAAAGACUAACGUAAAAGCACUUCAAUUGCAGUGCUAGUCGAACGAGGGUGCAUUGAGGAAACAUUGUGGUUGCACAUCCAUUCAACUGGGACCAGUAGAACUGCAGGUAGGAACCUCUAUGCAUAUGAAUGUACUGUUGGCAUCCAACAUUCAUGGGACACAUGAUCUGCGCUAAAGCUGAAUCUUUGUGGACUUUUGCAAGUCUGUAGGUCAGACUUGCAGUCUCCAACAGUACUGGAACUUGCUUAUACAGCUUAGCUGUCAAUAAUGUAUCAUUUGUAAAGAUUGGCAUGCAUCUGUGGAGGAUUUUUUUAAUGUGACGCAUUCUUUGCCUCAUUCCAGGCACUUUGCAAUAGGUACAGCCACCGACCAAUAAUUUGCACUAAACAAGGACUGGCAAAAAGUCGAAUAAUCGGGAGUCUGUAAUGCCGGAUUCACCCAAAAAUAAGUGACUUCGUUCCACAACUGGCCAAAAAAGAUGUGCUGUAAUCUCGGGCCGUCACUUACGGGGAUAACUUCACGUUCGCGUGACUAGCGCAAGGCACAUGGGCAUCUACAAGCUACAGAAUUCUCGGCAGUGCCAAGCAGGUUAUUGCAGCAGAGAAGCUGCUGCUACCUGCCGACCUGUCCAAUUGUAGUCACGUGAAAUAUCUCAAAGAUGAAAGUAUCUUCCAAGUGGUCGUCCGGUUACACAGUCCAAGUUCGUCAACACUUUGAUACACCCACAUGUGUUUCCCUUUCGCCUAGACUGUCCGUGGCCGUGAUUUUCUAGCAACGCCUUUUAUACUGUUGAAUGUGAAGCAUUUCUUGGCAAACAUUUGCCGCUUUGACAGUAUCUAUCUAGCCGCCUACGUCUUGGUGCUCUCGUGGUCGUUUCGUUAACUUGGUAGGCACGCUGCUUCGCAUAACAUCGAUUCCCACAGGGCGUCGGAUCUGCCGGCUUUUUCUUUUUCACACUUUUUGCACUUCGUCACUGGCCAGAGCGACGUUUCGCACACGUUAUCAUUGGAAUCAGCUGGCCAUCUAAAGAGUAGCAUGUAAUCGAGCGGAAGGCGCUGUUACAAAAUCACAGCCCUUAUCUUGACCAUUGUUAUGAUGUUGCUACAGAUACCUGCCGCGUUGGCUCAGUCAGCUAAGGCAUUGCGCUGCUGAGCCAGGAGGUAGCGGGAUCGAAUCCCGGCCGCAGUGGCUGCAUUUCGAUGGAGGCGAAAUGCAAAACGCCCGUGUGCUUGCGUUGUAUUGCACGUUAAAGAACCCCAGGUGAUCAAAAUUAAUCCGGAGCCCUCCACUGCGGCGUGCCUCGUAAUCAGAACUGGUUUUGGCACGUAA